AGCUGACAGCUUGGUGGCUCAUAUCGGUGAACACAACACUGAUGUAGAAGAGGGCUCUGAGCAACACAUCCAGGUUGCCAGGGUGAUCAGCCACCCUUCCUACAACUACAGGACCAUCGACAACGACAUCAUGCUGGUCAAGCUGUCGAAACCGGUCCAAUUCAGCCAGUACGCACGCCCAAUCCCACUGUCCAGCUCCUGCCCCUGGGCGGGGCUCCAGUGCCUGGUCUCCGGAUGGGGGAACGUCCUCAACAAUGGCUUAGUACAGUAUCCUGCUGAUCUCCAGUGCCUUGAUGUCCCAAUAUUGUCUGAAACCACCUGUCACAACGCCUACCCUGGCAUGAUCUCCAGAAACAUGGUCUGUGCUGGUUUCAUGCAGGGUGGGAAAGACAGCUGUCAG